UGCAUACCAGCAUGACGACUCCAGCAUUCGAAGCAGGUUGCCCAAAGCCCGCAUCGACAAAGAAGAUGGGAUAGAUCUUCGUGUAGCUUGCAAUUCGGGAACAGCUCGGUGCGAAUGGACCGAGCUGCAAAUGGAACAGUUCGGUUCUCGACAUGCUCGAAUGCCAACCGGGGAUCGAGUUGCUGAUGAACGAGGUCAACAGCUCGAAGAAUGUGGCCCAGAGCUUGUCAACACCGUGUUGGUCGCGGCCGCGCUGCUUGGAGGGGUAACAUUGUAUGCUCUGCUGCAACCAUCGGGUGCCGCCUUCGGUUACGAUGCCUUGGCCGUGCGCAUAUUCUGGACCUACAAUUGCAUGUACUUCUACUUCUCCAUUUACACGAUCCUGUGCUGCCUGGGCACGUCCAUCACCACACAGUAGCACAUCACGGGUUUCUUUACCAACACCACGUCUAUGCGCGUCUUCUAUCCCCAUGUCGAGGACCUAGCUGUUCCCGAAUUGCAAGCUACACGAGUAUCGGAGCCAUACCAUAUCCAGCAGGAGUACUCCGGACUCUUUGAAGAUGUAAGGUUGGAACCGGAGAUAGUCAGAACUUCCCAUGUCGAGGACCUAGCUGUUCCCGAAUUGCAAUCUACACGAGUAUCGGAGCCAAGCCAUAUCCAGCGGGAGGACGCCGGACUCGUUGUAGAUGUUAGGCUGGAACCGGGGAUGGUUGCAGAACUUCAUGACCAUUCUUCGCAGAGUGAAAGAGCCGCAGCUGUGAGGUGGAGAGGGGUGUCGGACGAGCAGGUCGGAACCGUUCGGAUUUCAUCCGGGUCCUCCAGGUGUGCAAUGUCAGAUCCGUCCAUGGCGGCCGCUCUAGAUCGACUCUCGAUUUCAGGAAGGCGUUCAGUCCUCUUUCCGGUGGGACAUCUGGACGUCGAAUGUUUCCGUGGAUUCCGCUCUGAUGGCGCAGUGCAGAGGGGUCGUUCCGCUGCCAUCUGCUGCGAGGAUGUUCACAUUUGCUCUCGGGGAGUUGGAGAGGAGGUGCUAGAGGACCUCUGCGUUGUCUUGUGUGGCAGCCAGCUGAUAAAUCGUAUGCCCUGCCAUCGAGCAUUCAUACUUCAGGUAGCGGUCAAUGUAUUCUCGUAUCAUUGACUCUACACCCAACCUCUGCCUCUCCAUGGUGUACAUUCUUUCCUAUAUUUUCUGUAAUAAGCUUCC